AUGGACACACUCAACACUCAGAAUCAGGAAGUGGAAAAAAAAAUACUUUGAGGACACUGCAAAUGCAAAAGAAAAGAAUGACUGUCUUCAAAAGACAAUAAAACUGAAUGAUGAAACACUAACAAAAACAGUAUUUGAAUAUAGCAGACAGCUUAAUGUUCCAACAGCUGAGAAUACAAUGCUGAACUCUCAACUGGAGAAUGAAAGACAAAGCAAAGAAAGAUUGAAAACAGAAGCGGAAUCCGAUCAUCAUUAUGAGCUUAGUAAGCAAUUAAUAAGACAUCUACAACAUACUUUCCAGAGAUUAAGAGAUGAAUGCUUGCAUUUCAUGGACAAAAUCGCUAUGUGUAACCUAAAAGAAAAGAAGGAGAUUCUUUCUCAGCAACUUUCUAAAGCUGGAAGUAAAUUCAAUAGCUUAGACACUGAGCUCCCUCACACAAGAUAUGCUGUCAGAGAAAGGACAUUGGUUUUUGAACCUGUAUUGAAAGACCUAAACCAAACUCACUGUCAAGAGGAGGAAUUUGAACACAUGUAUCAAAGGGAACAAGGAAAAGUGAACACAUAUAUUGGAAAGCUGGAAUCCCUAAAGGAGAAAGGUUCUGACGUACAAAGUGGAAAUAUGCUUCUUCGACAGAAGUUGGAUGAUGCGUUCAACAAAAGUGACAGUAAUGAAAACUCAGGAAUGAAUAUUGAAGAGCAGCUUCAGGAGCUCAAAAAAGUGCUUCAAGCUGAAUGUGAAAAACAAGAGCGUAUGGUGAAAGAGAGACAUAAGGAGUUAGUCAACAAAUUGAAACACUUGAAAGGAAGAAUGUGCCAGUAUGAAAACGAUAAAUCAGAAAGAGAAGUGGUUGGGAGACAACUUCAACAAGAGCUACCUGACUCCAUAAAAAAACUGCCUGUGUCAGAGGCUUCACUGGAGGUUAGAUUACAUUACCGUAUGCGUUCAGAAGCUGAGACGCAGGAUUUCAAGACAUUAGAGCACAUCAGAAGUCAGACUGAGGAUGAAAAGGAACAAUUAAAGUACUAUAAGAAGUUAACAGAACCUCUGCAAUAUAAUUUGAAUCAACAAAAGAAGAAAAAUGAUGGAUUAGAGAAAGAGUUUACCAGACUGAAGACACUCUUUCAGAAUACAAGGAUGCUACAUGACAAUCAAAAUGGAGAGCUUAGUUUCCUUGGAGAUUUAGAACCCAAUCAAUCUGAAAUGGAUAUUCAGAUGAAUAGGUUAAAACAGAAAGAACAAGCAGCAUCUCAAGAAAACGUAGACCCACUAAAUGACCAUGAUGACGCUUCCAUAAGUGACAUGGAGGUCAGAAUUCAACGUCUGGAAUCUGAACUCCCCAAAGUGAAAACUUCUGGAGAUUCUUUUAAAAUAGAAUUGGAAGAAUGGAAGCGCCUCUACCUAGAGGAAUUAAAACUUACAACAUCCUUGGAAAACAAACUAAACAAGACUAAUGACAGGCUGGCAGAGAUGAGAACCCAGCUUCUCAUGAAGGCACCACGGAACACUUCACUCAGCACCGAUCGUAGGAGGCCGGUCCAGCUGCCACCUUGCAUUGGAAGGCUAAAUGAUUGGUUCCUACCUCGAGGAAAUCUCGCUCCAAGAGAACAGUUGGUGAUUCUUACGUCAACCCCACAGACUUCUAAUAAUGGCACGUUGACCAACUAGAUGAAGCUGAUGCUGAACUUGAAUCUGAAUACCGUCCACUUUGCUCUAAUAUCUAGUGAUGAUCUAGUUUUGAAUACAUCACAAGUAUAUAGUUUUUGAAUA